GGUUAUCCAUUGAAAUAUAGUCUUAACAACAAGACGAAGUAUGUAAAUAAAUAGAGUUAUGAUGUCGGAGAUUUAAAUUAUAUAGGACGACACACUCUUUUCAAAAUGGAUGUAUUUGACUUUUUUGGAUAUUUUUGCUUUUAUUUCUUUGGACUGCUCUUUUCAGUAUGUUCUGUGGGUGCUAGCCAUAGCAGAUAUUACCACUAUAAUUCUUACUACUAUUAUUAUUAUGAGGGAUAUGACGGCUCUGCCAGUAUGGUAGCUGGUAGUAUUAUAGGUGGAUUAAUUGCUCUGUGUAUCAUCAUAGCUAUUGUCAUUGUGGUUGUACAUGCCUGUAAUUGUUGUAAAACACACGGUAUACGUGGCCACACGAUACGCCAAACACCUAUUCCCUCAGUGACUGCAAGAGCACCUUACAACACACCUCAUCACAAUAACUGGUCAUAUUUACCACCGUCAGCGCCUCCGUAUCAACCAUUAACGACAAAGCCACCACAGUAUACAAGUAGUGAUAUAAAUCCUCCUCCAGCGUAUGAAAACAUUAGUGUAUCAUCGCCGCCAUUAAAUACUACAUUUCAAGGAAUAUCGUCACCAGCAUCACCAGCUCCGCCAUACAGUGAAAUAAGGUCAUGAGGAUCACCAGCUCCGCCAUACAAUGAAAUAAGGUCAUGAUAUGGUGGAUAUAGAAGCACAAACCUGGAAUUUGUCCUGUAACUUAUUACAUGUAUAUAUACAUUAAUCAAAAGUUAAUGCACAUGAUUGGAAACAAAAUCAGCUUCAUCUUAUUGUUUUUACACGCAUAUGAUAUAUUUGACAAUCAUUUUAAGCAUCAAAUGUGGAAAUUCUUCUUCAGUAUAGAGAUUGUUAUGUAAAUUAAUUCCACUUAGAUAUUCCCGGGAAAUCAUCAGAUAUUUCUGACACUACUACAAGUUGAAUUAUAUAUCUUGUGUGUGUGUGUGUGUGUGUAUACAACCUAAUAGUAUGAUCUGACACAGAUCAUAAUUCUGUUCAUGCAGUAGAGAAUACCUAGCUUAGAAUUUUGUGUAGAAAUGAUGUUAUUGAUUUAAGAAUUUCCGUUUUAAUUACAUGAAAAAUAGGGGUUCACUGGCUACCUUUUUUUAUCUAAAUCUUGUGAAUUUGAGUGAUGUACACACAAAAAAGUACAUGAAAAAUUACGAUUUUGCUGAGUGACGCCGUCACUGCGUAACGUUUAUUUUGUCAUUUGAAGCUUUUUUAACUCUGCUUUCCGAUUUUAUAUGAUUAUUAUUGAACAGAAAUGAAUAGUGUGACCUUUGUACAAAUGUUAAAUAUAAAAAUGAAUGAAUAUCGAUUCCAUCAUGAAAACCCACGUCGAAUGCAGCAUUUUAAUCUUAAAUUCAAGGAACUUAAUGCAAACCGACAGUUUGGAAAACACCAUGGUUUAUCAAGCCUGUUUUACUUUAAGCAUUGAUCAAGUUGCUUUUCUAUUGGUGCUGAGUAAGGAUAUAUUAGAAUCGUGCUUUGCAUUAAGAUUUUUAUUAUAACUAUCAAUUCAUUUAUAUGUAGUGACACGAAUAGUUCUCUUGUGAAUAUCUGAUGAGAGAAGACAAAUUAGAUCACCAUCCUCAUCCUUAUCAUCUCCAUCUUCAUCAUCAUGUAACUGCUGGCAGUUACUUUUAUAUGUUAUAAAUACAAACCCUGCUAUGCAGGUACAAUUUUAUGAGGAUUUGCCAAUGUUACAGCGUUGUUUUAAGAUUGUUUGUUUAUUAACAUGUUUUGAUUGACAUUUCACAUAGUGCCUUCCAAUUUGAUUAAAAUCAAUAUCUUCAUUUGUACCCGUUUACUGAUGUAACCAACCUUACUAUACGUAAGCAAAUGAAACUCCGGUUUUAACUAGAAUUGGUGCUUUUUGUUAUCUUCGAAAAUAAUAUCAAACUUAUUCAGAGGGAUGAUUAAUUUUGUGAAUAGGAGUAUAACAUGUACAUGCAUUAUACAAAUUAACAGAAAUAUUAUCAUAAAUUCAUUGUGUUUUAAAAAUAUAUUAUGCUAUUGGUUUGCUUUAAAGCAUUGUUAAGUCAAUAAAAAUCAAAUGAU